AUGGAUUCUACCAGCCAGAGCAGCCGGAUGUUGACGAGUGGGGUUUGUGGGGGGAAGAUGGGCCAGACGGGGAAGGAGGGGGAGGAUGAGUCGGAGGAGGAGAAGCCUUUGCUACGGGCAGCUGCAGACACGAGUUCUGAAGUCAAGGGUUUUGAAGACAAGGGUUUUGCUGCCGAGGGCUUUGCUUCCGCUGAUAGCACAGCCUUGGAAACGGGUGCGAGGAGCUUGCGUGGGGAGCUGCGGCGGGGUUUAAAGGAGAGUGUCAAGGAGGGUUUAAGGGGGAGUUCAGGCGGGGGUUUGGGGGGGAUUGAGGGGGAGGCGGGCGGGGAGGAGUGGCGGAGGCGGAAGGUGGGGUGGCUUGCGCGGGAGGUGGCAGCGGUGGUGCCGAGUGCGCUGGUGCGGCUGCUGAACACUCAGAAGCAGUGGAUGCGCAUGGACGACCUGAACGCUGUAGUGGAGAGCCUUAUAAUGAGGAAGGAGGUGGUGCGCGGGAUACGGGUCUUCCAGUGGGCGCUGCAUGCGCCCUUCUUCUCCCCCUCCGCCUCCCCCCCCAUCCUCUCCGCCCUCCUCCUCUCCGCGGCCGCCCAGGGGAAGAUCCGCCACAUGCUCCCCCUCCUCUCCUCCGCGCUCCCCCAGGGCGUUUCCCCAUCUCGCCCCGCUUUUGAAGGGGUAAUCCGGUCGUUGCUCCUCGCCGCGAAACGGGCAGAGGAGUGGAAAUGGGAAGGGGGGAAGGGAGGGGCGGGGAGCAGAGGGGGGCGCGGGGGGAAGAGCGGGGGGAAACGGGGAGGGGGAAGGGCAGGGGGGAGGGGAAGGGGAGGGGAAGGUGGAGUGGGGGAGGAGGAGGGGGAGGGGAGUGGGGCGAGAGGCAUGGGGAGGAGGAUGAGGGAGGAGAUGGUAAGGUUGGAGGAGAGUGCAUGGGAGGUGUAUGGUAUGAUGCAUGGCUUGGGAGGGAGCGCACUAACAGUGCUACCACUACCACCACCAGCAGAGGAACAAACGCCUGAAGCAACAUUCAAACCCACUUUAGACUCCCCAUCCCCCUCUCCCACAUAUCCCUCAUCUCCCUCCUCUACCUCAUCUCUCUCCUCCCCCUCUACCCCACCUUCCUCGAAGCUUCUCUACGAGCUAUAUGACGCGUUCAGCCGCCCAUCCGCCCGCGGCCGCCACGUCAGCAAGCUGGAGCAGCUACUUAAAGACCUAUCCUCCCUAGGAGCCCCAACCACCCCCCUCAUGCACUCGCGCUUAGCACAGCAGCUCGCAUGCCUGGGAGAUAUUGACAAAGUCGAUGCCCUUUUAGCUAAGAUGCGCUUAGCUAAGCUCCCGAUCCCGGCACCUGCUCUAGAAGCCGCGGUGAUUGCCUGCGCUCGGGCGUACCACUCGCAGGGACCUCUCGGGCAGCAGGGAAAUUUCGGCCCGGGCAGCAGGGAAGUGUUUGGGGUGCUGACCGGGCUGCCCGAGCGGGCAGCGAGGGGAGUGAGGGAGGUGGAAGAGGCCGGGUUUCGGCCGAGUCAGGAAGUGCUAGUGGCUUUAAUGGAAGUGCUUAGUAAAGCGCAGAGAUUCCGAGAAGCAGUGAGUGUAUGGCCAAAGGUGGUUGAAGCAGCCGAAGCUGCUGCCGCUGCUGCUGUAACUGCUGGUUCCGCUGCUGGAGGUGCCGAACCUGCUGGUUCGGCAGACAGGUCCGGCGCCGGACCGGCGUGGCAGGCUCGGCCGAGCCUGCGGGCGUAUAAUGUGUAUGUGGAGGCGUUGAGUGGGGCAGGAGAGGUGGAUGCGGCAGAGGGUGUGGUGAGGGAGAUGGGUGAAUGGGGCAUGAGGCCACUAACGAAGGGGUUCAAUGCGGUGCUGAGGAUGCAUGUGAGGCUGGGCAUGGGUGUUGGUGCUGGUUCGCCAGAUUUGGCAGCAUCAGCACCAUCAGCAGCAUCACCACCACCAUCACCAGCAGCAGCAGCAGCAGCAACACCACCAUCAGCAGCAUCAGCAGCAGCAGCAGCAGCAGCAGCAGCAGCACCACCACCACCAUCGGCACCAUCACCACCACCAUCACCAGCAGCAGCAGCAGCAACACCACCAUCAGCAGCAUCACCAGCAGCAGCAGCAGCAGCAGCAGCAGCAGCAGCAGCAGCAGCAGCAGCAGCAGCAGCAGCAGCAGCAGCAGCAGCAGCAGCAGCAGCAGCAGCAGCAGCACCACCAUCGGCACCAUCACCACCACCAUCACCACCAGCAGCAGCAGCAGCAGCAGCACCAUCACCAUCGGCGGCAGCAGCAGCAGCAGCGAGGGAUGCAGCAGUGCGUGUGUUCACUGAAAUGGCUGCCUUUGGAUGCCCCGCCAGCACUGAGGCGUGCAACCUGCGCCUGCAGACGCACCUGCUGGCACGUGACUGGCAGGGCGCGUGGGAGCUGUAUGGCGGGAUGAGAGGCGCUGCAGAGGGGGGUGUGAGAGGUGCGGGAGAAGAGGGUGUGAGAGGAGGGGGAGAGGGACGGGUGAGGGGAGGGAGGGGGAUGGGGCGAGGAGGGAAACGGGUAGCAGAGAGAGGGGUGCGAGGAGGGGGGAAGGGAGGGAGGGAGGGGAGAGGAGAGUGGGAGGAGAGUGAUGAGAAGUGGGAGAGGCAUGGUUGGAUGAGGAGGGAGGGGAGGGGGGCGAAUGAUGACUGGGAAGCAGAGGAGGAGGAAGAGGAGGAGAGUGAAGAGGAGGAGGAGGAGGAGGAGGAGGAGGAGGAGGAGGAGGAGGAGGAGGAGGAGGAGGAGGAGGAUGAAUACGAUGACGAGGAUAUGGAGGAAGAGAGAAGGGGGCAGGAAGAGGAGGAGGAGACAGUAGCAGCAGCAAGGGCGAAGGAGGCUGCAGAGUCAGGAAUAAACUCGGGAUUGUUGCCUCUUAACUCGGUACCAAGGCUGCUGCCUGUGCUGAGUCCUCCCAACCAGCGCACGUACGACCUGCUGCUGCUUGCUCUUGCAGAGGCUGGGGACGUGGGGGGCGUGGAGAGAGUUUAUGAGGACAUGCUGAGAGAGGGUGUGCGGGGUGGGGUGCGGUGGGGAGGAGUGGAGGGAGAGGAGGCUCCGGAUGGAGAGGAGGGCGAAUGGGAGGUAGAGGGUGGAGGGGAGAGUGAGAGUGAGGAGGAGGAAGGCAGUGGUGGGGUUUUCGGGGUUGUCAGUAGAAGCGGAGGGGGAGGAAAGGUGAGAGUGAGAGGGGCGGAGGUGAGUGAGGAGGAAAAGGGAGGAGGAGGGGUGGUGAGGGCGAGGAGGUUCAGCCUGCAGGGGCGAGUGAGGGAGGCAGUGGAGCAGCUGUUAGGGGUGGAGCGAGUGAGAAGGGACGAAGCAUGGGCUGCUGCUGUGGCGGCCCGAGGGGGAGCAGCAGCAGCAGCAGCAGCCUUCUUUGGAGGAGCAGCAGCAGCAGGAGAAGGAAGAGGAGGGGAAGGGGGAGGUGGCAUGGGUGGGAUGGGGAGAGGCUGGGGGAAGGGUUUACCAGGGGAGGGGGAUGUGGCCAUGGGUCUAAGGCUGACGAGGGAGCAGCGGCAGGUGCUGGUGGGGGCUCUGCUAGCAGGGGCAGAGGUGGAGAGUGCAGACGGGGGCGUGUCGUACUCGAUACGAUUCUCCCAGCCUAUUGGAGCGGGCGGCGAGGAUUGGCGUAUGCGGGUGCUGGACUGGCUGUAUGAGGUGUUCCUUCCCUGGGUGGCUGCUCCGCCCGUGGAUGUGACUGUAACGAGGGGAGAAGUUGGGGAAGGCGAAGCGGUAGAUGUGACUGUAAAGGGGGGAGAAGUUGGGGAAGGUGAGGGGGGGGAUGUGGGGAAGGAGGCGGAGGAUGGGGAAGGUGGGGGCAGCACCAUUCGGGUGCGGACGUUUGCCACCAUUGCGCACCCGUCUCUGCAGUUCUACGCCCGGCAGUUUCGCCCCUUAGCGAAGGAUGUGGCUGGCAAACGGGGCGGCAGAGAGGCGGCGGUUCCUCGUCUUAUUCAUCGGUGGCUGUCACCCCGAGGCAUGGCGACGUGGCUCAUGUAUAAUGGGUGGGCUAUUAGAGGGGAUGGAGGCAAGGGAGGGAGAGAGGCGCAAUAUCCGUCGUCAAUUACUCCCGCUAUUGUCACUCUCAGGGCGCUGUAUCAACUGAACCUGGUCAAGGCUGACGUGGCACGCCGCAUCGUUCCGCCGGAGCUCAAGCUCGUCGAAGCCUUCGGAUCGGGGAUGGCAAGUGCUUGCACUACUAGGGUGUGCGUAGACUUCCCCCCUGCCUCACUCCCCCCGCCUCACUCCCCACGCCUCACUCCCCCCGCCUCACUCCCCCCGCCUCACUCCCCCCACCUCAUUCCCCCCGCCUCACUCCCCCCACCUCAUUCCCCCCUGCCUCAACCCCCCUGCCUCACUCCCCACGCCUCACUCCUUCCGCCUCACUGUCCCCCGUCUCACUACUUCCCGCCUCGCGUCCUCUUCCCCUCCUCUCACGCCCCCACCACCCCUCAGUCAACCCUCCCUUGCCCCCAAGUCAACCCUCCCUUGCCCCCAAGUCAACCCUCCCUUGCCCUCAAGUCAACCCUCCCUUGCCCUCAAGUCAACCCUCCCUUGCCCUCAAGUCAACCCUCCCUUGCCCUCACGUCAACCCUCCCUUGCCCUCACGUCAACCCUCCCUUGCCCCCAAGUCAACCCUCCCUUGCCCUCACGUCAACCCUCCCUUGCCCUCACGUCAACCCUCCCUUGCCCCCAAGUCAACCCUCCCUUGCCCCCAAGUCAACCCCCCCUUGCCCUCACGUCAACCCUCCCUUGCCCUCACGUCAACCCUCCCUUGCCCCCAAGUCAACCCUCCCUUGCCCCCAAGUCAUCUCUCUCCCCCCCCCCCCCGCCCCAUUCACCACCUUUCCAUUUGUGUUCUGUCCUCCAAGCCUAGUCUCCUGCCCCUUUCCCCCAACCCACUCUUUCCUUCUCCUCUCUCCUCACUUUACCUCCCCCCUGUCCUCCCUUCCCUCUCGCCUGCCCUUCCUUUCCGCUCCCCCCUCCGUCCAUCCCACUCUCCCUCCGCCCAUCCCACUCCCCGUCCGCCCGUCCCACUCCCCGUCCGCCCGUCCCACUCCCCGCCCGUCCCACUCCCUGUCCGCCCGUCCCACUCCCCGCCCGUCCCACUCCCUGUCCGCCCAUCCCACUCCCUGUCCGCCCGUCCCACUCCCUGUCCGCCCGUCCCACUCCCUGUCCGCCCCUCGCCAUCAUGCCCGGCAUCGUGUUGGACCCGCCUUCCUUUUGAGUCGACUCAAAAGUCAUUUUGAGUCGACUCAAAAGCCCUCUCCUCCCGUCCCCAUCCCCCUCAGCUCGCCAUCAUUCUCGGCAUCGUGUUGGACCCGCCUUUCUGCCUCGUCAUCAUCCCCGGCAUCGUGUGGGACCCGCCUGCCUCGUGCGCGUGAGUCCACUGCCCUGUAA